AGGUGGGAGAAGUGGGCGGUGUAGUGUGCACUGGUGCACUCUGUCAAGGUCAGCCCGUUACGGUGCGGUGCUGGUGGUGAGUUUGUUGCAGUGUCACGGCACCGAUGAGAUGUUUAGUUGCACACACACAUAGACACACACACCCUCCUCACCCUUCUUCUAAUCUCCAUCCCACUCGCUCAAAGGUGUGUGUGUGUGAGAUGCUAGUUGAUUCUAGUGCGAUGCAUCACCGUGUAUUAGACCCUCGUUUCGUGGUAGUAGUGGUAGUAACCAUCUACUAGUGCACACCACCCGCUGGAGAAGAUAUCGCAUCGCAGUGUGCUUAGAACGCGCACACACACACACAUUCUCGUGCACUGCAUGCGCAAACUGCACCCGCGAAGCUCUCCUAAGCACGCAACGCUCUCUCGCUCUCUCUCUGUAGUGCGCCGGAGAGAUGAUGAGAUGAUCGAUUCCGACUAUCGUGUGUGUGGAUGGAUGGAUGGAUGGCUGCUGCUGCUGGAGUUAGUGUUUAGCGUUGGUCGCCGCGAACCACUUGCCCCAUUAUUGUGCACGACUCGCUGCGAAGAAGAAGAGGACACUCCGUGCGUGUGUACACGUGUGUGUGUGUGCGUGUGUGAAGAAAGAAUUCUGCAAAGCGAUAAUAUUAUAUCGAUCCGUGUGGCUCCAAACGCAGAGAGCGGGUCAUGCGAGCCCCCGAAAAUGUGUGAGUGAUCCAGUGUGUGUGUGUGUGUGUGGAUCGCGCCUGAAGAAUUUGUGUGAUUUAGGUUCCGUUCAAGGCUGUGCACUUGGCUUGCAUGUGCAGCUCCCCUCCCUCCGUUUGGCAAGGUCAGUGCAGUGCGCGAACGGGAGUGCAGUUGAUGCAAGCUGCGCGUGUUGCGCCUGUGUGCUAGUGAGUGUUCUUAGGCAGCCCAGGAAGCCCCUUAUCAGCAGCACAACGGUUGAAACACGGUUGACAAGUUUGACAAGAAAAGCAACAAACUAUUCUUCGUGUUGAAGAAUGCAAAAUCAAUCGCGAAAGCGAUCAAGGUUGAACGACACAUAUGGUCGUCGUUCGGGCGCAGAAGCUCUUCGUCGUUGCGUCGUCGUCGUCGCCGUCGUCGCCGUCAUCAUUCUCUACGCUAACUACUAUACGCUGCACGAACCAACCAACCGCAGGCUUCCCCCCCCCUGUCCCUUGCCCCAUUAGAGGUCUCAUCUCGUUUGGAAUUCAAUUCGAUUCUAACGCGCCGCAAAGAGAAUCUUGUAAGAAUAAUUAGCCCUCGCCCUCACCCGCAAUACAGUGCACAGAAGACGCAAGGCAAGAAGGCGCGAAUGCGAAGGUAAAAAUGGCACGUGUCCCUGCGUUGUUGCGCUUCCCCCACCCCCCUUUUUUGCCACGGGGAACUUAGAACCUUCCCAUAGCAGCGAGCUUUUUUUGUUGCACUUUUGUUCCCAUCGAUACCUGCCUGCUGUGUGCAGUCUUUCUUUGUGUGUGUGUGUGUGACCAUGUGACUUUUCCCAAGAUAUCGGUUACUGGAGCUUUGUGGAGCUUCCCAAUAGGGAGAGGAGUAAGAAGGGGGGAGGGGGGGGAAACGCUAACACAAUCUAUUUGAUGCGCCCUUUUCCGUCCUGCUUGUGUUGCGCGUUUCGCCCCAUUCGCGUGUGCGUGUUAGGUUAAGAGGUGGCUUCUUGAGAUGUGCACUAUCUGAUAAGAAGCGUGUACGGGUGUGCGCAACCUCCAAUUCCACCACCUCUUCUCCUCCCUUCGAUUCGAGCAAUUUCAUUCCCGCGGAGCUGAACGCUGCGAGAGCGCCGAUUACAUAAGCCCCCUCCCCUUCCCUCCCCCCCUAUCCCUUCACUUCUCCUCACGGUCAAGACGAGCGCAUGGAAGCAGCGUUCUUGUUCUUGUUCUCGACAUGGUAGCGCGGUAGCUGCGACAAAACCGCACCACAACACAGCCUCCUCUUUCUGGUUUACCGACGAUGAUGGCGACGACGACGAAGGCGACAACUUGCGAUGACAGAACAGGCGAGCCGCUUGUGUGUCGGUGCUUAGUUUGCUAGCCAAGAACUAUGUCAAGGCAUUCUUUCGGCCACAAAUGGUGAAGCCAACGCGUACAGUGCCGCGAGUGUGUGAGCGCGUGUCGGUGCGCCCUGUGCGUACAACACUUGCGCGUACCGAUCACCGCUGCCGCCGUCGCCGCGCAUGAUCAUUGGCGCGAGAUAGUGACGAUCGAAGAAUACUAAGUGACUCCGACUCCAACGGCAGCAUUGGCCCGCUGAAGGAAGCGAAGAAGAAAGUGGAACAUCCUUUCGUGUGUAGCCGUGAUCUAGAUCAUCCUUUUCCAUGUGUCUGCGUGUGUGACAGUGUGUCAGUUAAAGCUCUCCUUUUCUAGGUGUAAUGUUUCCAUGCUCGAUCUAGCACAACCGGCCCAAGCUACUGUGACAGUUGCCAUUUUUUCUCUUCUCUAAACCACAACCACCAACUAUGGAUGUGGCACCGUCGAUGGUGCAACGGUCCGGCGACAAGCUGAUAGUGCGCCGGGUGGUAAGCGGCGAGCAAGUACACCUGAGCGAUCAGAACCCACCCGUCCAGUCGGACGAUGGGGAGUCCACCGACCAGCAGCUGCUGCUCGACCGUUGGCGACGCUUUUCCACCGACGCGUCGGCCAACUACGACGAGCCGCUAACCGAUGGGGAAGGAACCCAACCGGGCCCAUCGUCCCAAGGGGCGAACGAUCACGAUCAACAGCAGCAGCAGCAGCAGCAGCUGCCCCAGUGCAAAAUCAAACGCAACUACUCGUGCGGCCGGUGUACUUACUUCACGCAGAACCCGCGCAAAUAUCUAACCCAUCUGCGGGACACGCACGGCGAAAAGAUCGUGAUCAAUGAGUGCAAACGGUGUCUGUACGCGUCGCGCCACUACCAGAAGCUGGUACGGCACAUGAAGAUGGUGCACGGGUCGGUGGAUGGCAUUCGGAAGUCGGCGUUCGGUGCGAGCCGGCGCCGGGUGCAGAAGAGCUACGGGGGGCAGAUGCAUCUGGGGCAGGUUAUGCCGGCUGCGGUGCCGAAGCUGUCUGACAGUGAGGCACUGACGACGGCGUACGUGCAGCAGUUGGUGGCGUCCGGGUUGCCGAAGUUGUUGGAGGAGAUGGAAAAGUCUGGAGCAGCACUUGCGGCUAACUUUGCCCGGGAAGCCUCCACGAUCAAGGUGGAAUUGGAUCAACUAAAACAAUCAAUGCCAUAUACAUCGGAUGAGACCGUCCAAGAGGUUAACGAAGGUGACAGAAUAGACAGCAAACCUUCGGAAGAGCCUAAAAAGCGAUCCCGACCAGUGCCUAAUCUUAUCCCACUGAACAUGUCCACGUCCGGGUCAUCGGCGAAACCGAAGACGACGCCCCAAAAGUUCGUAAAACCAAUUCCAAUCGCCGCCCUAAAGGCAGAGAAUGGCGAAAGUGAUCGAACGUCAGAAGAUUACCCGCUCAGCCUGACCAAGCACCAGCAACCCGUGGCCACCCAUCCAGACGACAUCAUGACCAAGUGCAUGUACUGUGAGCUGUCGUUCAAGCCGGUCGAAGCACUGGCCAAUCACAUUAAGCUAGCGCACAAGAACGACCUGAUAGCGUUCCUGCUCGCCAACUCCUUCGACAACGCAACGGACGCAGCGGACAAACCGGUCCCACAGCACCCAGCGGAACCCACGGAACGCACCACGGUCAACGAAAUAUGGAAACGUUUGCUGGAGCGCAGUGCCGAAUCUUCGGUACAAACGCCGCGGAAGUACGAAGCAGGCGGUAGUAGUGGAAGUGCAAAAGACCUCUCGAACGACACGGACACGGACGAUGACAACCGGGAGGAUUCGCAUCAGUCGCAAACGUUCUGCGGCGUGGAGACGGCACCCGGGUACGGUGAGGUAACGAACCGGCUGCCAACGAUUGAUCCAUCAGCCGUUGGUAGGACUGGCUCCGGCGGUAGCUCCGGUGGUUCCGGAUUGAUGAAGAAAGUCUUCAAGUGUCCGCACUGCUCGUUCUGGGCGUCGACGGCGUCCCGCUUUCACGUGCACAUCGUGGGCCACCUGAACAAGAAGCCGUUCGAGUGUUCGCUGUGCGCGUACCGGUCGAACUGGCGCUGGGACAUUACGAAGCACAUCCGCCUGAAGACGAUACGCGACCCAAGCCACAAGAAUGCGGGCGUCCUGAUGAACGACGAGACGGGGCGAAGGAACUACACCAAGUACAACAAGUACAUCGCACUGAUGCAGAUUACGGACAAGUAGUGUGUGUCAAGGAGGAAAAGCGAUUGAUGGAUGUUUAAUAUAGGAUCGCUUGUACGAGGCUCUAGCGAGUGUAAUCCUUUUAUCCUCGUCAUUGCUGAUACAAGAGGCUAGCACAAAAAGGGGGGGAGAGAACGGCGGAAGACCAGACGCAACCAGAUUAUUGUCCCAAGGAAGCAAGAAAGGACAGGUAUAUACAACAAAAGCGCACCAGGAAAAAGCUAGUGACGGCACACAAUCAAAGGAUCGUUUUUCGGACUUCCAACAAAAGGGCAUCACAGAACAGAGAGCUCGUCUGAAGUGUGUUGAAACGGCACAGAGUGGUUGAAAGUGUGUGUGUUUUUGCUCUCCUUACAUUACCAAAUUUACCUUAUUGGAUGUAAAGCUCUUGGGCGUGCGGUUCUUAUAUUGCUUUCGCUUCUGCCAGUGUCAAGUUCAACGACGUCCAACGACGAGACACAUUACAUGGCACGUAGACGUCCGGCUGACUUCCCUGACGGGCCCGGGGGUAAGACGAGCUGAGUGAAGCUUCCUACUCCGCGAGCAAUCAAUUCGGCGAAUAUGCUCAUUUCGCUCGGCUGAACGCAGAAUUUUCCAACUUGUGCGCCUGUGCUUUUGGGAAUUUUCCCGCUGGGCCACAACCGCCACCACUUGGCCUUUGCAAGCAACCGUGAAAUGUGAAAUGUGAUGUUUGAGUGACUUCCUCUUCUGCUACGCAUCCACCCAGGCCUUCCCUUCCCCAUCCUCCACCCCACUUAACGAACCCACCGAAUAGCAAUUCCGUCCCAAUGUAGCCUUCCAGGACGGGGCGGGGAAAGGCCCCCGGGUUCGACGUUGGAAUCAUUUUGUUGUCGCUGUGUGAACCGAGUGAACGCAUCCGUGUUACCAGUUUGAAUGCGCUUUAGUAGUUUAAUCAUUCCACAGGUGCGCCAUCUUUUGAAGAUGAGCGUCACCACCACCAGGGCAUAUGGUAUCUAGGCAGAUAGGAAAUAUCCAAACCAACAGAGAAGAGAAAAAAAAACACACAAAACGCACUUAUGACGUUAGUUUUUAACAUUAUUCUACAUAAUACGCACCUUCAUCCUUCCCUUUCCUACACACACACACAACCCGUUCGGCAAUUCCUUUUGCAAUCCGAUUGCAUGCCAACAAUAACAGUUAGAAACACAGGUGGACAGGCUAAUAAAAAGGUUCGAUAUGUAAGACACAGCUGCAGGCAUUACCACGGUACAAUAGUUCAUCGUUUUGUAGGAAGUUGGGAACAGAAUCUCAUUCUUAAUUUAUACACCCGUUUUUGCUAUGAUAGAUGUUAAUGCGUUCUAUGUUGCUGUUGUUGUUUUUUUUUAACAUUGUGGGUACAACACUUAAAUAAUAAAUAUUGAUAAAGAACAA